UUUUUUUUUUUACACGAGUUGAGUCAGUGUGGUGUUGACCGUGGGAAUUUGCGAGAGAUUUUGUCAAUUUAAGUUUAUUCUUCAAAAUAUUCUUCGCCACAAUCUGUGGCCUUUGCUUACUAUUAUUGAGCCUUUGUUUGAGCUGAAGUUUAGCUGAUUGAAAAGAACAUGGCAGCAAGGCAAGAAGAGCCAGGACAAAGAAGACAGGCAUCUCCUGCUUGGGCAAGAGAUGCUUCUACAAAAUAUCUUCUGGAGUUUGAGCGGUACUUUUCGGGCGGCGCCGGGUCGUUCGGCGCGCUGCACGAGCAGGCGCUGCUGCGACAGCUGGCCGGCUGCGGCCUGCGCUCGCUGGCCUGGCGCCUCUUCCUGCAGGUGCUGCCGGUCGACCCCGCCAGCUGGGAGCUGCUCACCAAGGAGCACCGACGCCUCUACAGCCUGGCCAAGACCACCUACAGUGAUUACACGGAUGUGAAUGACACGCGGAUCAGGUGUGAGGUGAACAAUCCGCUUUCACAUGACGAACAGAGUCCGUGGCACCGUCUGUUCGAGCACGCCGACCUGCGCCGGGUGAUUGAACAGGACGUGGUGCGCACCAUGCCCGACGUGGCCCUCUUCCGGGACGAGCACGUGUGCCGCUGCAUGACUGACGUUCUGUUCGUGUUCAUGCAGAAGCACCCGGAGGUUGACUAUGUGCAGGGAAUGCACGAGCUGCUGGCUCCCAUCAUCUACCUGCUGCGGAGAGAGUACAGCAACUUUGCCGAUGUGCGAGCCGCUCAUCGUGCCAACCACCCCACAUUCGACCUUCUAGAAGUUCUACUGGACAAGGACUACGUAGAGCAUGAUGCCUUUUACAUGCUGGAGAAGCUGCUGAAGAUGAUGGACUGGAGUAGUUCGGUGAACCGUCGCCGCGAGUACGAGGAGAUGCAGCGGGCGCCGCCGCCCGCGCCCGAUCUCCUCCACCCGCCGCUCUUCGCCAAGGACCGGGCCAGUCCUAGUGUGAACCAGUGGGGGCCGUCGCCGUGUAACCGCGCCGUGCGCCGUCACCUCUGUAUGAUCGACUACGACCUCUACCUGAAACUGGCCGAGCUGGGCGUGGAACCGCAGGUGUUUGGGCUUAAGAUGUUCCGACUGCUGUUUGGCCGCGAGUUUCGUCUCUCGGAGCUCUGCUCGGUGUGGGACGCCCUGUUGGCGGACAGCCACGCCACCAGCACGCUCGACCUGGUGCCUUACGUCUUCUGUGCCAUCCUUAUCUACAAUCGGCGACAGAUUCUGGAGCGGGAAGGAAUGGAGGCGCUGACGCUGCUGCUCAACCUGCCGCCCCUACCGGACAUUGCUGGCUGCAUCGCCUUCGCACUCCACAUCCGGAACCCUCUGGAUUAUCCCAAGCCGAACAACUUUCCGCCCCCGCCGCCGGUGUCGCCCCGUAAGCCGGCCGCCUCCAAGAUCCGGCUGCGUCGGCGGUCGGUGGAGCGGUCCAAAUCCGCCGUCGGACAGCCGAAGUCUGAGAGCGGUAGCGGCUCGGUCAGCCCGGCUCGGCCCCGCAGUAUGACCCAGCCGCCGCCAAUGUCGGCGCCGGGCCGGACCGGCCUGGUCGGCCUGGCACGCAGUGGAUCAGAGACCGUAGUGUCGCGGUCGGGGUCAGCCACCGUAGCGGCGGCGUCGGCGGAUCUCGUGACGUAUGGCCCGCCGCCCGUGGCCAUGAAGGAUGUGUCUGCACUGCGGGGAAAGCACGCCCUGCUAGCCUCGUCCGAGGCGUCUGCCUACGCAGUCAUGGAGAGCAAACAGACGUCCACACCACCCGAGUGGAAUCCGGUCAGUGAGAGAGAGCCUUUGCGCUGUGAGCGAAAGUCAGUGGAAAGUAAGAGCGAGUCCGUUCACAGUGAGAGUGAGCCUGUUCACAGUGGGAGGGAGCUUGUGCAUAGUAAGAGCGAGUCUGCUCACAGUGAGAGGGAUCCUACGCACAGUGAGAGCGAGCCUGCUCACUGUAAGAACGAGUCUGCCCACAGUAAGAGCGAGCCUGCUCACAAUGAGAGGGAUUCUGUCCAUGCUGAGAGGGAGGCUGUUCGCAGUGAGACUGAGGCUGUGCAUAGGGAUCUCCGGUCUGUGCACAGCGGGAGCGCUGAUCAAAGUGAGAGCGAGCCUGUUUCAGCCAAAAGCCAACUCGCACACAGCCAGAGGGGAUCCUGGUUAGUGUCUGCCAUCUCCACAUUGCGAGCCAGGCUGCAAACAACAAGAAUCGAGGCUGGGUCUGACGGGGAUGCCGUGCAAGGUGCGGCGGGCGGUGCUGCGCCAGACCCUCUGUGUCGAGACCAUGGACCGGCUGCUGCAGAACAAGGAAGUUGACCUAAGGACGCUCAGAGAGCUAGUCAACGUUCAAAAACAGCUGCUGCGUGACCUGUGGCCGUUUGGCGGCGGCUGGAGCCCGCAGCCGCAGUGUCCGCGUCAGCCGCCGGACGGGACCAGUGACGAGGAGUCUGCGCCGCCGUCCCUCUCCACCCCGGUCCCGGAGGACCUCUACCCGCCCUCCGCCGCUGAUAUUGUGGAGGAGGUCACCCCGGAGGACGGCUCGGCACCCGUCUCCAACGGCCUGCCCGCAGUGGGAGUGUCGCCCGCGUACGACACUUUGGCUGUGGAUGUGGCCAACCUGAGUAUGUCGGAGGCCGCCGAGCAGCGGUGAGCGGCGGGCUGUGGACGGACAGAUCCUGUGAUAGACACAGAGUGAUGUGUACGGCUGUUUCCCGGACUAGAAUGGCAACCGAUGAACGUAGCGAAGCUUACAUAUUCUUGGACACAUCCGUAAUAAUUAUUCGUGCCGGUGUGGUGACAAGUGGUGUCGCCAGGACGACGUCUCCCGGCCGGCGCGAUAUGACCAAGUGACUGGUGUCUCACAGAACUUUGUGCCAGUCGGUGCGAUUGUGUUCUUCGGGCCAGUACUGCAAUUGCUCAGCCGUGGUGUGGCUGCUACUGGGGCCGAUAUCGCGGUAAUGCGUGGGUUUGUGAUAGUGUAUGGAGGCUGUGGACGCUACGUAUGCGCUGCAUUGUUAGCCAUGCCAGACGGCUGAGCGGUGAACGCUUUCCUUCCGUUCUGCUUCCUCAGAUCUGAACAGUGCUGCAGAAUAGCGAGUGACAUGUGCGGUCCACUCCGACUUGUGUGUGUGUCUGCUGUGACGUGUGCCAUAGUGUACGUCGGGGUGGCUGUUUUACGUUUGUACCUCCCGUGUAUCUCAUUUGGAUCCCGUCUCAGGUAUCCGGGGCUCCAGAAGUGCUUAUAGUUCUUUUAUCAGCCGGAUCAUUCCAUUGUUGUAUGCUGCAUGCCAGAUCUUCAAGUACAAGUAUAUUUAGUUAUGCAUAGGCCACUGUACCGGGCUGCGCCUUUCUUGGUUCAACGAUCAUAUCAACGAAUUAUAGCCAGUUCCUCGUGUAAUAGCUUGAUUUUUAUUGAAUCGUAUUGGGGCAUUCCGAACUAUACCUACUAAUGUGAUUAAUUCCUUUUACGGGACUUUAAACGAAUCUUACGAUGCUUAUUUAUCACAAUGCAUUACUGUGGUUUUACGUACACGUCAAAUAAUAAAGCAAAUGGUGAACAAUGCAA